AUGUCUAUGGGAGGCCCGUCAAUAAGUGCUUUUGCGGCGCUGAGCAGCGCUGACGAUGACGACGUGAUCGGCUACGAACAGUCAGACGAGGAGUCAGGGUCAGGAAGUGACCAGCGACCGGUUUCUGAGCCGCCACAGCAGGCUCCUGCCCAGCCUUCUGUGCCUGUCUAUUCAGCACCAAAUGCCCCCGUUGUUGUUUCGUGCUCAAAGUUUGUGCCCACCAGCGAGAACGUGGUCUAUGGACGGGGUUAUGUGGUUAUUGGCCUGAAAGCAGACGAGUUUCUUAUGGUCAAGGGCCAGUACUCGUUGAAGAUCCAGCGAGGAGCCGUGCAGAUAGACUCUAUCUUAUACCAUUCGAGCCAUGAUCCUAUCCAAAUCUACGGGCUGUCACUUUCCAGUAUUCCACUAAUAUCAGCUGCACAGGUCACCGACCAGGGUCUGGUCGAAGAUACAAUUCUGCCAGAAACGGAGCAUUUAUUCACACCAGACUACAAAUCGGUGAUCAGACUUGACGACCUUUUUGAUGGCUUGGAGAAAAUAGGCCUUCUAUAUCCGCAAUUGAAAAAUAUACAUCCUAACAGAGAGGAUAUCGAUGAGUUCGGGGGAUCUGCAUUCGCAAAAUCUUUUUACCCUUACUCUUUCAAAGUGGUGGAGAGUCCAAGUAACAAUCUUGGCACAUAUAUCAACAAAACCUGGAAGAAUGCUCUGGACACGCUUAUUAGUGACUCUGGGAGCACAGAAGACAUGCGUGUUCUGGUCAUUGGGGCCAAAAAUACAGGCAAGUCCACGUUUCUACGACUGCUGCUUAAUAAACUGGCACAUAAAGAGCAUAUCUCGCCCAAAGUAUUGGACAUUGAUCCGGGACAGCCUGAAUAUUCUCUUCCUGACUGUAUAUCUUUGACGACCCACCACAAACCCAUACAUGGCCAGUACUUUCCGUUUCUGUGCGAGCUUCCGGCAAGGUCUUGCUAUAUUGGUUUUAAUACUCCCCAACGUCAGCCAAUCAAGUAUAUCUCGCAGCUAAAGGCACUGGCAACGCAUCUGGACAUGGAAAACGGCCCUCUGCUAAUUAACUCACCGGGGUGGAUCAAAGGUUUUGGAGUCGAGAUCCUGAAAGAGCUCACAGCUGCAGUCCGUCCAACUCAUCUUGUCUACCUUUCCUUCGGCGGCGAAGACGACAACCAGCUUUUAUGCAAUCUAACCUACCAAAACCUCGUGCGCGUCCCUGUUGCGGGCUUCACUUCUAGAGGAUAUGACAUAGUGCGCUAUUCACCUUCUCAAAUUCGCAACUUUAGACUGCUUUCUUACUUCCACUACAAUCGCUACGAAAGGACUUUUGAUUUUGAGCCAUUGCUGGCAAGAUCUCCAUACAAAAUCAGCUAUGCCGAUUUUCUCAAUAGAGAGGAACUGCUUAGAUUUCCAGGAUUGUCGGGUAUUUCCAUUUUGGACGCUGCGAACAUCAACCACGAAGACCUGGUCGAAUGCCUCGAAACUCAGGUGGUGGGGGUGUUUGAGCUAGCAAACGAUGAAUUCAUGAACUUCUACGACGAGAUGUCCCAGCGUGGUCAGCUGAGCUCAUUUGAGUCGUAUCCAAAUCUUUUCAGCAAUACGCUCGAAUCGGUGGUAUCUGAAUUCCGAGGUCUAGCGUUGAUCCAUUCAAUCAACACUACGGACAAGUACAUUAAUCUAUACACGCCAAUUGACGUUACACGUCUCUCCAAGUCGUUGGCCACCAACGAAACCAAAUUGGUGCUGGUGAAAGGACGAUCGGACCUUCCGACAGAGGAACUCAUCCCCAAAAUGACUACCAAGAACGCUCUUCCAUACGUCACAUACACGGCCUUCGGCAAAGGUGCGAAAUCUGUCAAUGUUCGACGCAACAUUCAACGCAAAAAAUAG